UGUGGACAUGUCAGAAGGAAACAAGACUCUGGUCACUGAGUUUGUUCUCACAGGACUUACAGAGAGAUCAUGGCUGCAGUUCCUCUUUUUCCUCAUGUUCUUGGUCAUCUACAUCAUCACCAUGGUGGGCAAUGUUGGACUGAUGGCUCUUAUUUGGAAGGAUGCCCAUCUUUACAUGCCUAUGUACUUGUUCCUUGGUGGUUUAGCCUUUGCCGAUGCUUGUACUUCAACCUCUGUAACUCCCAAGAUGCUAGUCAAUUUCUUAGACAAGACUGCAAUGAUAUCCCUAGCAGAGUGCAUCACCCAAUUUUACUUUUUUCCUUCCAGUGCAACUACAGAAUGUUUCCUUCUGGUAGUGAUAGGCUAUGACCGCUAUGUAGCCAUAUGUAACCCCUUGCUUUAUCCAGUGAUAAUGUCCAACAGACUCUGCAUUCAGUUGAUAAUUAUUUCAUAUGCAAUCAGUUUUCUGCAUCCCAUGAUUCACAUGAGUUUGUUAUUAAGAUUAACUUUCUGGACGAGAAGGGAAGAUGGCGGC